AGCACCAUAAUAAUGUCAAACCUAGCAAUACGCAAAGAUGAUCUGAAAUUUUGUAACAUUAAGAUUUUCAAUGUAAACAGAGACUCUGUAAACUUUACAAGUACUCGAUUUAAUAGAUUCCAACAAAAUUACUGCACUACCUAAAAACUGUCAAAAUCGGGAAUUAAAAGUUUGUUGUUGUUUGGGUUUUUUCGAUCCAAAUUUAUUAAUUAAAAUCAUGGACAUGGCGAAUAUUUCUAGUUGGGUUUUGAAGCCAGAUGUCUGCCGGUGCUGUUUAUCCGGAAGUGGGACCUGGGACCUAACGGCUGCUUAUAUAACAGAUGCUGGCACGAAGGAAGUUUUCGCUAACAUACUUCAGCAUUGUUUUGGGGUUUCCCUUUCAUAUAUAAAUGAAGUGGACGCCAGUCGCCUGGUCUGCGAUUUGUGUGUAAACCAACUUCGUGGUGCAUCAAGUUUUCAUGACCAAGUUGUCCGUGCCGAUAAGUCGUUUUCACAAUAUUGGACUGUCAAGAAAGACAAAGAUCUAAAUAUUAGAGAAAAUGUAGAUGACGCAUAUGUGAAAGAAAGCAUCAGAGAUAAUUUGUAUGAUGAUAUAGACGGUUCAUCCAGCCCACCAUCAAGAUCCGGUAAGAAGAAUCUGAAAGAGAGAGACAAAAUCAAUUUGGAAGAAAAAAAGCCGAGAAGGAAAGAUAACAAUAUGACUGCAUAUGAUUCUGACACGCCCAUAGCUACACUGAGUUCUAGUUCUAUGGUUGAAGAUGACGUCGACAAAAAGCAGGAAGUCAAGGAAAAUAGCCUUAAAAUGAAUGAAGAUCAUAGUGCAGUAAAGCUUAAAAAUAAUACCAAACAAGUUUCCGAACGAAGACGUGUAAUCUUAACUUGCGGCAUUGUUCUUGUAGAAACCACCGCUUGCCCAUUCCGCCAUCACAAAAGCUGGUUCCGAUGCUUUUUCUGUACCGAAGAUUUCAUGGAUAUCGAUUUAUUGAGGAGUCAUUAUACCCAAUCGCACCUAGAUGUUGAAGCCGAAAUAAAAAAAAUAAAACGCUACCCGCGUUCCCUCCAAAUCGAAAUUUCGAAUGUAGAAUGCCGUCACUGUCAUACAAUUUUGACAGAUGUCGAACAAAUGGCACGGCAUUUCGUCGAGAAACACGAUAAAAUUAUAUACAAGGAAUGCAUAGCCGAUUACAAAGUUAACUCAAGCCCUUACGUGUGUCAUUUGUGUAAAAAAGAGUUUCACGUGUUCAGGACGCUAACCACACAUUUGAAUGAGCACUACGCGAAUUGCAUUUGCGAUGUCUGUGGUAAAUCGUUCAUUAAUUCCAAACGUUUGAUAGUUCACAAAAGAACUCAUGAGAACGGCACGUACCCUUGUACAGCGUGCGGAAAAGUGCUCAAAACCAAAACAUCACAGUCGAAUCAUAUGGAGAGCGCGCAUUCAAAACGCGUUAUAAAAUGUCAGAUAUGUUUUAAACCGAUGAAACAUUAUAACGACCGGAUCAAACAUAUGUCCGAGGUGCAUGACAUAACGCAUAAAUUCAAAUGUCCAUUCUGUGAUCGGGUUUACAACAUAAAACAUUACCUAGCGACGCAUGUAAGGCAAACUCACGGGCAUAAAAAUAAAAAGUGUAAAGUAUGCAGUAUGGCGUUCAUCACUAAUCAUAGUUUAAAAAAACAUAUGUCGAAGCAUACUGGAGAAAGGCCCUAUAAUUGUACUGUUUGUAGUAAAUCGUAUGCAAGGAGCUACACCCUACGGGAGCAUAUGAGGGCACAUGAAAAUGAUAAAAGGUUAACAAGUUGUCAAUAAGCAAAUUCCUCGAUUAAAAAAGAAUUCUAGAUUA